UAGUAGCCAUUCAGAACAGGUCGAGAUAUUAAACAUGGCGGAGCAAUACAGUAACGAGACUCCCGAGGAGUUUUCCUCACGAAUUUUUAGUAUAGUGAGUGGAGGAUUCAUUGGUCUCUCUAUCGCAUUAGGGGUCAAGAGUGGUCUCUUUGAUGUACUUAUAUCUCAUCAUGGUCGUCCUCUGACUUCUCAAGAACUAGCCGAUCUAGCAGGAAUGAAGGAAAGAUAUGUCCGUGAAUGGUUGGCUACGAUGGUCAUCGCCCAUAUCGUUGACGUCGACGAAUCGUCAGAGAAAUACCACGUUCCAAGUUCUCGCCUGGAGAGCCUCCAGCCCGGUACCCUCCUCGGCCAAUCAGCAGCUCUCUCUAUUGGAAUCCCAAUGUUUAGUAGUGUAUUCAGUGAUAUGUUGGAAAUUCUAAAGAAAGAUGGACCGAGAGGACAUGAGCUAUCAACUAUCGAACCUUUCCAUGAAUAUGAUGAACAAUAUGACUCAGCCUGGUACAAUCAUUGUUUCAUCCAGGAAUUCAUUCCGUCCCACCCCGAGAUCGAGACAAAACUCGAAAGUGGAAUUCGAAUGAUGGAUGUGGGAUGCGGUGCUGGAAUAGCAACCCGACUGCUAGCUCAGAAGUUCCCCAAGAGCCAAUUUGUAGGUAUUGACAUCGCACAGACCAACGUAGAUACAGCCAGGGAAGAAGCGUCUCAACUAGGACUGAAGAACGUGUCGUACCAUUGCGUCGACGCUUCCGCAAUGCCAAGCGAGUGGGGGGCGACCUUUGAUUACAUCAUGUUCUUCAACGUGCUUCACGACAUUCCGAGACCUGAUUUGGUGAUCGAUGAUGUCAAACGGGUGAUGAAGCGAGACGGGCUUCUCUCUGUUAUUGAGUUAAACUUCAAAUCGAAUGUCGCUGAAAAUGUUGGGAACCCUGCAGCAGCGAUGGCUUCCACCAUCAGCACAUUCUACUGCCUACCACAGGCUUAUUUACCUCAAGACACCUUAGGACUAGGGACAGUAUGGGGAAGAGAGCGUAUUGAGGAGUUCUUAGUGGGGAAAGGUCUUGUUGUGAAGUCGGCUAGUGAAGUCCCAAAGAUUAAUGAAUUUCAUUUUCUUUGUAAUCUUUCCUAAGUUUAAGUCAAUUUGAUUAAGUAUUAUGUUUUUUUUUUGUUUUUUUUUUGUUUACAAACUUAACAAACUGUUUUAUUAAAUUUAAACCAUGUGUUUUACAAGUCUCCAUGCUAAAAUAUGUCUUGAUAUCGUAAUUGUUGAGUGAAAAUUAACUGUUUCUGUAUUAUUGGAGCAAGCGCAUUGACACUUCGUACAAAUUGUUUUGCUUUAGCAUGAGAAAACCAAAGAAAUAUGUGUAAAAAAACUGAGGAUAGAAUGUUUACUUUCAUUUCUACUGAUAAAUUACUUCUUCAUUGAUUGUACAUUACUUUUUUAACCAGAGGAUGGGAUUUAAGUUCCAACUUCUCUUUAAAGAAAAAUGCCAAUGCCGUAUCAUGUAUUUUUCAUACAAUUAUUUCACAUAUUUUUUCAAAUAACUUUACUCUCACUUAAAAAUAUCUCUUUUUUGUUUCAAAAUCUCAUUUCAUCUUUAAUAUUGAAGUCUAUAUUGGGUUUCUCUACUAAUGAGUACUUGGCUGAUUGAUAGGAGCUUGUUUUACUAUGUAAUUUGGCUAGUAUAGGCCUGUCAUUUAUCUACACGUA